AUGCCGGUGAUUUUGACACCUUUGCAUUUUGAUCGGGACCCACUUCAGAAGCAGCCUUCUUGCCAGAGAUCUGUGGUUAUUCGAACCUUUAUUACUAGUGAUUUCAUGACUGGUAUACCUGCAACCCCUGGCAAUGAGAUCCCCAUAGAGGUGGUGUUAAAGAUGGUCACCGAGAUUAAGAAGAUUCCUGGUAUUUCUCGAAUUAUGUAUGACUUAACAUCAAAGCCCCCAGGAACUACUGAGUGGGAGUAA